AUGAGGAGCACAAAGAAUCAGAGUAGUGCAUCUGAGUUCAUCCUCCUGGGGCUCCCCAUCCGGCCAGAGGACCAAGGCAUGUACUCUGCCCUGUUCCUGGCCUUGUACCUGAUAACAGUACUGGGGAACCUGCUCAUCAUCCUGCUCAUCAGGCUGGACUCUCACCUCCACACCCCCAUGUACUUCUUCCUCAGCCACUUGGCCUUCACAGAUAUCUCUUUCUCAUCAGUCACAUCUCCAAAGAUGCUCAUGAAUAUGCUGACACACAGUCAGUCCAUCUCAUAUGCUGGGUGCAUUUCCCAAGUGUAUUUUUUCCUAUUUUUUGCAGAUCUUGACAGCUUUCUUCUGACCUCUAUGGCCUAUGACAGGUAUGUGGCCAUCUGCCACCCUCUCCACUACACCAGAAUCAUGAGUCAGAGUGUCUGUAUCUUACUAGUCAUCGCAUCCUGGUUCUUAUCAUUUGCUGGUGCCCUUGUUCACACUGUCCUCCUAGCUCAUCUCUCUUUCUUUAGAGGUAACACUCUCCACCACUUCUUCUGUGAUCUCUCUGCUUUAAUUAAGUUGUCUAGCUCAGACACCUCCAUCAAUGAGCUGGUCAUCCUCAUUGUGGGAUCACUAGUCAUCACUGUGCCGUUCAUAUGCAUCCUGGUCUCUUACGGCCGCAUUGGAGCCACCAUCCUGAGAACUCCCUCCAUCAAAGGAAUCUGCAAAGCCUUAUCCACAUGUGGCUCUCACCUCUCUGUGGUUUCUCUCUAUUAUGGAGCCAUUAUCGGGCUAUAUUUUGUCCCCUCAUCUAACAACACUAAUGACAAAGAUGUCAUUGUGGCUGUGUUGUACACUAUGGUCACACCCAUGCUGAAUCCCUUUAUCUACAGUCUGAGGAAUAGGGAUAUGAAAGGAGCUUUGAAGAAUAUGCUUGCAAGAGCAACUUUUUCCAUGUGA